AUGUCGAAGCCUCUCACUGGAUUCGCGGUCAAGAAGGCGCUUGAUGUAUCGCCCAGCUCACUGACCCCGAUUGAAAACAGAUACGACUACCUCUUCAAGCUCCUGCUGAUCGGAGACUCUGGAGUGGGAAAGUCUUGCUUGCUUCUUCGAUUCGCCGACGACACGUACACGGAGAGCUACAUUUCGACCAUCGGUGUCGAUUUCAAGAUCAGAACUAUCGAGCUCGAUGGCAAGACUGUGAAGUUGCAGAUUUGGGAUACCGCAGGACAAGAGCGCUUCCGCACCAUCACAUCCUCCUACUACCGCGGUGCCCACGGCAUCUGCGUCGUCUACGAUGUCACAGACAUGGACUCCUUCAACAACGUCAAGCAGUGGCUGCAGGAGAUCGACCGCUACGCCACAGAGGGUGUGAACAAGCUUCUCGUGGGCAACAAGAGCGAUAUGGCGGACAAGAAGGUGGUUGAGUACACCGUGGCCAAGGAAUUUGCGGACAGCCUAGGCAUCCCAUUCCUCGAGACCUCGGCCAAGAACGCUAGUAACGUCGAGCAAGCUUUCCUGACCAUGGCUCGCCAAAUCAAGGAGCGCAUGGGCAACACUACCGUCAACAACAAGCCCACCGUACAAGUCGGCCAAGGUCAAGGCGUGCAGUCCGGUAGCGCAGGCGGCUGCUGUUAA